AUGGUCAAACGUUCAUAUCGUGAUCGACAUAUCAUUUAUCGAAACGUCUAUCAUCGAUUUACAUUAAAGCAAAUUAAAAAUAUUCUUCGUGAUCGUGAUGUUCGAUAUGUUCAUCCAAAACUCGAUAAAUCUUCACGAAUUUUAUCAAUUGGAAUGAAAAAAUCAUCUUUAGUGGACUUAUAUUUUGAUCGAAUACCCGGUGAUUUAUUUGAUAAAUUUCAUUAUCAACAAUAUCGUCGACAAGAACAUUAA